GUGCCAACCCUAGAUCCUAUUUCAUCAAAUAAACAAGAAAUGUGACUUGGAGAAGCAGUUGAGCUAAAACUUUAGGAACAACCACCACCAAACAACUCCUGUAUAUUCAUCAUUUUAAUGUUCUAUUUCAUUCCAAUCCCAUCAACCAAUCCAUGGCCACACAAGAUUUCAGCUUCCCCACUCACAAAUUUCCUUGCACCAUCGAUUCACCCCCUUUGUGGCGCUUAUCUCCUGCAGCCAGCUCCAAAGUAGAUUAUCAAAAUCAUAGCGAAGAAGAAGAAGAAGAAGACGACGAAGAAGAGAUCGUCAACAUCAAUGUAAAGUAUUGUGAUCAGAGAAGAAAGAGCUUUUCGUAUAUUGAACGCGGCACGAAAAUGGUGGAGAAAGAUCCAGAGAGUAGGGAUCAUGAUCAUGGGGAGGAGAAGAUGGACAUGCUUUGGGAGGAUUUCAACGAAGAAUUGAAGUCAAGAAGUAAUACGACGUCGGAUUAUUCUGGUGGGUUGUCAAGAGAGAUGCUUCACUUGGGUUGUGUUAAAGCUUUCAAGUUGACCAAAACGAAUGCUGAUCAUGUGCUAUCGACCAGGAAGCCCAGCGUGGUGCCGGUUAUGAAGGUCCUGAAAAGGCUGUUCUUCCUCCAUAACUCUCAUCGCAAACUCAAGAAACCUACAUGGUGAUCAAAUUGUCUACCUUCAGUCUCUUUUUAUUUUAUUUUUUAUUUUUAUUUUUUUUUUGGUUCUUUCUUGUUUUUUUUUUAUAAAAAAGAAUAGGAUCAUACUAGUGCUGAUUUAUUGUAAAUAAUUUGAUAAUAUAUAUAGACUAUUGUCUGUUUAAUAAAAAGAAGGAUCAGGUGUCACUCAUGACCAA